CGCUCCAGACCGCGGCGCGUGCGGCAGCAGCUCCUGAAGGCAGCGAGUUGGCCGCGCCAGGCUGCGUUUCCAGCGGGAGCUGCGGGCACAGUCAGGGCGCACAACAAGAUGCUCAAGCUGUCAGCGGUAUUGUGUGUGUGUGCAGCGGCUUGGUGCAGUCAGUUUCUCCCAGCUGCCGCCGCGGUGGCUGCGGCCGGGGGGCGGUCGGACGGCGGUAAUUUUCUGGAUGAUAAACAAUGGCUCACCACGAUCUCUCAGUAUGACAAGGAAGUCGGACAGUGGAACAAAUUCCGAGACGAUGAUUAUUUCCGCACUUGGAGUCCCGGAAAACCCUUCGAUCAGGCUUUAGACCCAGCGAAAGAUCCAUGCUUAAAGAUGAAAUGUAGCCGCCAUAAAGUAUGCAUUGCUCAAGAUUCUCAGACUGCAGUCUGCAUUAGUCACCGGCGGCUUACGCACAGUAUGAAAGAAAUAGGCGUAGGCCAUAAGCAAUGGAGAAGUCCCAUGUCAUCCGCCUGCAAGCAGUGCCCAAUGGUCUAUACCAGCCCCAUUUGUGGUUCAGACGGCCAUACCUACUCUUCUCAGUGCAAACUGGAAUAUCAGGCAUGUGUCUUAGGAAAACAGAUUUCUGUCAAAUGUGAAGGACGUUGCCCGUGUCCUUCAGAUAAGUCCACAAGUACAAGCAGAAAUGUUAAGAGAGCAUGUAGCGACCUGGAAUUCAGGGAAGUGGCAAACCGACUGCGGGACUGGUUCAAGGCUCUUCAUGAAAGUGGAAGCCAGAACAAGAAGACAAAAGCAUUACUGAGGCCUGAGAGAAGCAGAUUUGAUACUAGUAUUUUGCCAAUUUGCAAAGAUUCACUUGGCUGGAUGUUUAACAGGCUCGAUACAAACUAUGACCUGCUACUGGACCAGUCAGAGCUGGGAAGCAUUUACCUCGAUAAGAACGAACAGUGCACCAAGGCGUUCUUCAACUCUUGUGACACAUACAAGGACAGUUUGAUAUCUAACAACGAAUGGUGCUACUGCUUCCAGAGACAGCAAGACCCACCUUGCCAGACGGAGCUCAGCAAUAUUCAAAAGCGGCAAGGGGUGAAGAAGCUCCUAGGUCUGUACAUCCCACUAUGUGAUGAAGAUGGCUACUAUAAACCAACACAAUGCCACGGCAGUGUCGGGCAGUGCUGGUGUGUUGACAGAUAUGGAAACGAAGUCACAGGAUCUAGAACAAAUGGUGUUGCAGACUGUGCUAUAGAUUUUGAGAUCUCUGGGGAUUUUGCAAGUGGAGAUUUCCAUGAAUGGACUGAUGAUGAGGAUGAAGAAGAUGACAUUAUGAAUGAAGAAGACGAAAUCGAAGACGAUGAUGAAGAUGAAGGGGAUGACGAUGAUGGUGGUGAUGACCAUGAUGGAUAUAUUUGAUUGAUGGGAUCUGAGAUCAAUAAAUUCUAAGUUUCUAAUAUUUACAAAGUGAUAGCCUAUUGAGAAUUAUCUUCUUGCCCAAAAUACAGUGAUUCUAAACCUCACAUAUAUUUUGUAUAAUUAUUUCAAAUAUUGCAGCUAAAGUCAUAGAACUUUAUGUUUGAAUAAGAAUCAUUUACUUUGAGUUUUUGUUUAUGCCUUAUAGAAAAAGAAAACACAUAUUGAGUCUAGUCAGAAAAAAAAAGAAAGUUAUGCAGAGCUAUUAACAAAUUUUCGUAAGAACAUUUUUUAGAUCUCCCACAAACAAUGAUAAUCCAUUUCUUGGACUAUAUGUGUUAUUUUACUGAGAUAAAUUCUAAGUUAAAUUCACAUUAACUUAUUAGUGACCUGGAGCCCUGGUAGCACAGUGGUUAAGCAUUUCACUGCUAACCAAAAGGCUGACUGUUCGAAUUCACCAGCCAGUCCUUGGAAACUCUAUGGGGCAGUUCUACUCUGUCAUGUAGGGUUGCUGUGAGUUGAAAUGACUCGACGGCAGCGGGUUUGGUUUCCUGGUGUUAGUGACCUGGGCCCUAAGGGUUUUAUAAAAUUAUGCAUGACUUGAAUUGCAAUUCCAAGGUGGCAUCUCCCAAACCUAGAGUGAGUCAAAGGUGAAUGAGGAAAAUACCACACGGUGGGAAACACGAAGUGACCGUUGUAGAGUCCUCCAGUGUGUUACAUUAAUGGUGAUGCUUUUAAUUAUAAAAUUAUUCUGGAUAUGAUAGAGUAUUUCACAAAAUGGAAAAUAUGAAAAGCCAUGGUUUCUGAAAGUUAAAAACUUAGCUGUCCUUUCAAAUUUUUAUUUUAAUUUGGAUGGCAGUCUCAUGUAGAUUCUGUUUUAUUUUUAAGCAGCAUGAGUUCUUUACUUUUCUAGCUUUCUUUAUCCUUCUGACCAGCAAUUUAGGGUGCAGAAUUUAAAGUAAGAAGACAAAGGGAAAGAUUUAUUUUAAUCAUAUUUUCACAUACUGGUAAAAGUGUCACUUGCCCCAAGGUUAAGUUUAAAAAUCUGAAUUCUCCUUUUAUUUCCUAUUUUAGAGAAAAAUUUCAUUUACUAUUAGAAUUACAACAUUUUUGUUACUAGUGCUGAAACUUAGAGAAAGUAUUGUAUGGUGCCUUGCAAAAUAGAAAUAGAAAGGUUUUAGCAUGCAUACCAAUAUAGGAUAUUAGGCAAUAUAUAAGCACACCUAAUUACCAAAUUAAUGCCAGUAUAGGUACUGCUGCUGGAAUGAAGAAAAUGGACUCUAUUUCUUUCUUUUAUUUUUCCUAUUGUUACAUAAUUGCCAUGUGGACUUGUUUAUGAUUAUUGUGUAGAGUAGCAUUUAAGAUUUAACUGUAGCAAAAAUUGCUUUAAUUGUUGUAUUUAAGUUAGCAUGUUAAUUGAUUGUGCAGACAUUUUGGCACACCAUCACUUUUAAGUAUAUCAGAUCUAUGGUUUUAUGCCCAUAAUAAAAAUGGAAAAACCUGUUGAAUGUUACACAUUGGUAUCUUUAAUUUCAACAGUGAGUCAGCUGGUUUCCCAAUAUACAAUUCAUUGAAAGCAAAAAGGUGGAUUCUUUCCAUUUGAUUUAUACACACUAAAUAAAAGCAUUAAUGUUGACCUUAAGUAAUAUUUAAAGUAUAAUGCAUUUUCUUUU